GGUCCGAGUUUGAAGCGUACACCCUCAUUGGUGAAUGACCCGAUAAUUAAUCAGUACCUCCUCCUCGGGUAGCUGGCACUGCUUUCUUGUUGACAAGCAGUCUCACUUGGCCACUUGCUUUCUUCUUCUUUUUUUGUCAUAUAGUCCCACUUGCUUUCUUUUUUGUAUUCAAGAAUUGAAUUUUAAAAAUAAAAAAAAAAAAAGUCAGUGAAAAUCAACGAUGGAAUUCGUGGUGGACAGCUUCCGUUUCCUGAUAUCCGUCCCGGCGGCGGAUGACGACGACGGCGAGUGGCUGAAGGAAAUGCGAGGCAACCUGGGGCUGAUGGCCACCAUGAUCGCAACCAUGGCCUUCCAGAACGGCCUGAACCCCCCCGGCGGCGUGAUCCAGAACGGCGACGGCGGAUCCGUCGCCUGCCCGUCCUCAUCCCCAGUCGGGCACGGCCAAGCAGCGUGCCCGGGUCAAUCCGUCUACGCCGCAAGGGACCGCCACGGCUACAACGGGUUCAUGCUCACCAACUCCGCCUCCUUCCUGCUCUCCAUCACCACAUGUAUACUGGUCAUCAGCGGGGUCCCUCUGGGUCCCGGGUACCCCACCCUGGCCCUGGCUAUGCUCAUGUCCGUCUCUCUCAUUCUCCUCGCCGUCUCCUACACGCUCGGCGCCUUCCUUCUCAACCCCAGGAUUCAGAAAACCCACGCCGGUUUCCGCGUCUUCAUCUACGUCUUCGUCACCUUCCUGGUGCUUCUCCUUUCUCUGCGCUUUGCUGCUCUGAUUCUGUCCCUCCGCCGCGUCAAGAAAAAAACCGGGCGGCGGCGCCUUCAGGAGCUUCAAGGGACGAAUUCUGUUGCAACAGCAGCAGCAAGCAGUUAAUUGCUCGGGGUGUUUUGUUUUACUAAUUUCUUGUGGAGGAUUAUAUAUAUAUGUGCACUUUCCUUUUAUCAAAUGAAUUGUUCUUGUUCUUGUUCUUGUCAUGCCCAUGUUGUGUUUGAUGAAAUGCUUCAAGAACAUAUGGAAGAGGUGCUCACAAAAUCUGAUAUAUAUAGUGGAUCUGUGGAUGGCAUGUUCCUUGACAUUUUUUGGAAAAACACAGCCGCGAGAGUCAAGGAUCAAAUAGUGGUGAAAUUUAUCCUCUUCAAAGUAUAUGAGAGCGUAGCCCCCGGUGACAUAGCAAAGAAUACUCAUUUUUUCGAUAGUGAGAUGUUUGAAUGGACACAAAGACCUUGCUCCCCCGAACUUCUUUCAAGCCCACUAAAACUGCAGGUAUUCAUCUCGCUUGUUUCUCAAGGCAAUAAAAUCAUCACUCUUCCAUCUUUGUUUAAAAAUUAAAAUUUUAUUUGUUUGAAAACUUACAAUGGUUUAAUCCCAAUCAAAUACUUACAAGGGA